AUGACCAAACACGCAAGCCAACUGGCGGAGAAAUACACCCAGAGCCUGACUUCUAUUCUUGGAGAGGCCAAUCUGCGUAACCUCAUAGAGAGCCAUGUCAACAGAUCCAUGGACAGCAUCGACAACGUCACUCCGGACGCUCUCGAUGGACUCAUAGGGGCAGUGUCCGAGCGAUCGGCCAUUGAAAUGAUAAGGAUGUUUCCAGGUUUGCUCCAGGAACGGAUACGGAGCCCAGCGAUUCGGAAUGCACCAAAGAUGGAUGAUGCUGGGCGUCCAGUCUCAAAGCCCACCUAUGGACCACCCCUCGGAGGGAGUGACCUAGGGUACUUCAAUAACAGAAACACCGAUUGGGGGCUGGAAACAAAACCCUCAUUCGACGGAUCUCAGGCUUCAACCUUGGUCCCCGAACGCCAGGAGCCAUAUCAAGACCACCGAGGUCGUUAUUCCUCGAACAAUGAACCACCAAAGCGAGGUGUCGAGUUUUCCCAAUCGCCUUUCACUCCCGAGAGACCACCGCCUACUCUACCACACCGAGAUGUUGAGAUAUCUAACCCACCGAUAUCACCGCGAGAAAAUUCAAAGCUCGGUCCCAUUUCAGAAUGGCUCGAACAGAACCCGGAAAGCAACCGCAAAAAGGCAGCCCAGAUGAAAGAGCCCGGCUCGACUGCCGUGGACCCAGCCGCAUCAUAUCCCAGAGCAGCGGAUGCAAAUGUAAAACGGCCUCAAAGGGAGCUACCCACAACAUACGGUAGCCUUAGGCAGCCUUCACCCAACGCUAUAAGUUCUUCAACGCCGGCUCGGGAACGUGACCAUGGGGCAUUCUCUUCCGAGACCAGACAUUCCAGAAUGCGCGAAGAGCCCCCUCUCAGCAGCCGACCUGUGUCCCAAGAUGAGGAGAGACCGCUAACCCCAGACGGUGGAACAUCCGAGUCCGAUCUCGAAGAGCGACCACUCACUCCUCUUUCCGAUGAUUCGGAACAAACAUAUGCGGAAGUGACCAAAUCUCCGCAGAAAAGCCAAGAGUACCUGACAAAGACGAUCGAGAAUAUCGGACUCACAGAGUUCUACGACAAGGACCACCCCAGGGUGCAGACCGUCGCCGCCAACGCUGCCGCCAGGGCGGCCGAUGUUUCAGCCCGAUAUGAACUAACACCGAAAACCACCCUUGGAGCGAUCAAACUCGCCCUGUACAACUUUGUGAUCCUCUGUGAUGAUAGCACUUCGAUGAAAAAAGAAAAUCGGAUACCAGCACUGCGAAAUACUCUGAAGCGUGUCGCGGAAAUCGCGACAUUGUUCGAAGAUACGGGCAUCUCUAUCCGCUUCCUCAAUUAUACCCGGGAUUCGUGGCUCGACGACCUGAGACAGCCAGACGACAUUGUGCAGAAAGUCGAGAGGGUCCGAUGGAGAGGGAUCACGCAACUCGGAAACAAGUUGCAUGACAAGAUCAUACGGCCCAUGAUUGUCGAGAAGGUGAAGCGGGGGACAUUUGAUACGCCCUUGAUUGUGGUCAUCAUCACCGACGGCGAGCCCUACGGCGAACAUCGCGAAACGCUGCGCGACAAGAUUCGACAGUGCAAACAGGACCUAUCGGGCACGAAUUUCGGCGACGGGUCUGUCGUCUUCAUCAUCUCCCGCGUCGGAAGCAGUCCCGAAGCCUUGGGGUUUAUUGGCGAGCUCGAAAACAGUCCCGGACUGGAGCAGAUGGUGUACUGUUCCCCCGAUCGGCUGGACGAGAAGAUGGCCAUUUUGCAGCCCGCCGCCGGGAAUACCAAGUAUACCAAAUACAGUACCAGACCACCAGAGUUUGAGGAGAACAAUCACGACAACGACACCACGAGGAAGGCACUCAGACAAUAG